UACAUUAUGCAGACGACAUCGUAUAAAACAAGGACGAAAAGCAUAAACGUCGACAGAUAUUUUCGAGUUAUUAAUUUUGGUGCUCGCAUAUUGGGCUGUCGAUUGCUAGAUCCUGGUCCAGUAUCCGGAAGAAAAAUGGACGUGUUCUUACGUCUAAUCACGCUAAGCACGAUGUGCUUCGUUCUGAUCCCGAGUUUAGAAGCGACGGUAGAAUUCGCUACGGACCUUCAGUACCUCUGUGAAAUCAUAAGCAACGUAUUAUCGUUCGUCGAAAGUUUUUAUAUCCUCAUCAAUUUAUACUACUACGAAGAUAAGUACAAAAAUCUGAUACGGAAGAUACGUCAAGAAUUUUGGACAGAGCCGUUAUCCCCGAAACUUUUUCCACUUUUUCGAGGAUUCGAACGUAUUUUUAUCAAUAUAAGCAUGUUUGUGGCAGUCGUUACAUUGCCAGGGAACAUCGGUUACUGCACCUUUCCUCUCUGGAUUCAUAACUUCAACAUGUACGCAGACAUCAACGCCAAACGACGAACACCUCUCAUCGCUAAAUAUCAUUAUGAUCAUCGUGUGAGUCCUAAUUACGAGAUCACGUAUCUCUGUCAGACACUCGGCUCGUCCAUGGCCGUCAUCAUUUUUGUAUUGGGAACAUCGAUCUACGCUUUUAUUUGCAUGCAUUUUUGCGCCAAGCUUCGUUUACUGCAAUUCAAAUUGAACGAUAUUGGCGCCUCUACAAGUACCAAAGAGUUUACCGAAAUCAUCCGCGAGCAUCGAUAUCUUAUUCGAUUUGCAAAAGAUGUCGAAGACCUUUACAGUCCGAUACUUCUUCUGCAUAUUCUUCUAAGUACACUGCUUAUCUGCCUCACCAUGUUCAAGAUCACCAGCAUGACGAUACAAGAUGGCGCGUUGGAGUUCACGGUUUCAGCUGUUUACUUUUCAGCCACGUUUUUCCAAAUUUUUGUGUUCUGUUGGAUGGCGAACGAAGUCUUCGUAGUGAGUGACAGCCUAGCCCUGGCAGCGUACAAUUCUCACUGGUACGAGGCUCCCAUUUGUAUUCGACGUGGGGUUUUUCUAAUCAUCAUGCGAGCUUAUAGGCCAAUCGUCUUGACGGCUGGAAAAUUCUUUCCCGUUACCCUGGCCAGCUUUGCUUCCGUUUGUAGUACGGCUGUUUCUUACUACACACUUCUGAGGUCGAUUCAGUAAAUAUGGAUUAGAAAAAUUGGUUGGAAAUAAAAUACUCAACUGUCCGUAAACUUGAUUCUAACUUUCAUUUAGUCUAGACAUUUAA